AUGCAAAUCAAAUCAUUUCUUUUACCAAUAGUCGCUGCCUUGUUAGCUUCAGUUUCAGCAGCAGAUUCAUCAGAUAAAUGUUCAUUCUCUAAAACUUCCAUCACUGAAGCCACUGGCAUUUCUCAAUUAAAUGCCUGCUCAACUUUGGACGGUGAGGUCACCAUUUCUGGUAAUUCAAUCGGUAACAUUGAUUUGAGUUCCGUCAAAGUGUUAAAAGCCAAAUUGAGCAUUCUUAACUCCCCAUCAAUUGUCUCAUUGAAUUUCAAUCAAUUACAAAACAUUACUGGUUCAUUAGUCAUUAAUAACGCUACCCAGUUGAACUCAAUUGAUUUGACCCAAUUAACCAACGUUGAAACAUUACAGUUGGUUUCGUUGCCCUCGUUUGCCACUUUGAAUUUGAAUCAAGGGGUGCAAAAAGCAGGAACAAUUGUUUUGAGUGAUACCGCAUUGCAUAAUUUGAAUGGGUUGGCUAGUUUCAACACCAUUGAGUCAAUUAAUAUCAAUAACAAUAAAAACAUCUCAAGUAUUGAAUUUAGUGAUUUGCAAACUGUCACCGAUAGUUUAAUUUUAUCAUUCAACAACGAUGAUGCUGAAGUCAAAUUGAAUUCGUUGAAAUGGGCUGGUAAUUUAACCAUUCAAGAUGUUAGUUCUAUCCAAGCUAGCAACUUGACUAGUGUCAAUGGAUCUUUAUUGAUCAGUUACAACACUUUUGAUGAAUUGGAAUUUCCUAACUUGAAAAACGUUGGUAAUUCUAUGCAAAUUUUUGCUCAUGAUGAAUUGGCCCGUGUUUCAUUACCAAAAUUAAGUGAACUCGAUGGUGAAUUGGAAAUGUUCAAUAAUACUCAAUUGGAAGAAAUUGAUUUUGGUAAUUUAACCACUAUCAAAGGUGCUGUGACAAUUUCUGGUCCAUUUGAUAACUUGACUAUGGAAAACUUGAAGUUGGUGUCUGGUGAUUUCGAAGUCAAUAGUACUUCUGAUAAAUUUGAUUGUAGUGAUUUCGAUAAAUUACACGAAAAAGGUAAGAUUGAAGGUCACAAUUAUGUUUGUACUCAUCCAGCAAAUCCAUCUUCAUCCUCAAAAUCAGGAUCAAGUUCACAAACUGGUAAAUCAGAUAGUAAAUCAUCAGAUGGUUCAUCUAAAUCGGAUUCUACCAGUUCAUCCAAAAAAGGUGCUGGUAAUGCAUUGGUUGUUCCUGGUAUGGUAUUGACUACAGCUUUGGGUGUCUUAUUAGCAUUGAUCUAG